AUGACGCACCUGCACGCCGGCCUGAGCGCCGAGACCACGGAGAAGGCUCGCUUAGAGCUCAACGAAAACCCAGACACUCUGCAUCAGGACAUCCAGCAGGUGCGAGACAUGAUCGUGACGCGGCCGGACAUCGGUUUCCUGCGGACGGACGACGACUUCAUCCUGCGUUUCCUGAGAGCCAGAAAGUUCGACCAGAUGGAAACCUUCCGGCUGCUGGCCCAGUACUUCCAGUUCAGACAGCAGAACCUUGACAUGUUCCAGAGCUUCAAGGUGGAUGACCCGGGGAUUAAGCGGGCGUUGAUGGACGGCUUCCCCGGCGUGCUGGAGACUCCGGACCAACAUGGGCGAAAAAUCCUCAUCCUGUUCGCCUCCAACUGGGACCAGAGCAGGAACUCUUUCACGGACAUCCUGCGGGCGAUCCUUCUCUCUCUGGAGGUUUUGAUCGAGAACCCGGAGCUCCAGAUCAACGGCUUCAUCCUCAUCAUCGACUGGAGCAACUUCUCCUUCAAACAGGCAUCCAAGCUCACGCCCAACAUCCUCAAACUGGCCAUCGAGGGCCUCCAGGACAGUUUCCCUGCUCGGUUCGGAGGAAUCCACUUUGUGAACCAGCCGUGGUACAUCCACGCCAUGUUCACCAUCAUCAAACCCUUCCUCAAAGACAAGACCAGGAAGAGGAUCUUCCUCCACGGUAACAACCUGAACUCGCUCCACCAGCUGCUGCAGCCCGAGUGUUUGCCGUCUGAGUUCGGUGGGACUCUGCCUCCGUACGACAUGGGCAUCUGGGCCCGGACACUGCUGGGCCCGGACUACAGCGACGAGACCGAGUACACGCUCACCUACGACGCGCUGCACGUCAGGGAGAACUGCGGAGGAGGAGGAGGAGGAGACAGGGAGUCCAUGAAGAGGUCUCAGUCGGCGGUGGAACCAGGAACUCUCCGACAAACAGACAGAGAGACCAGCACACCACUACUGGCCCUGGACUGAGAAAACAC